CUGAAAUAUUUUAUUUUUCCUGUGGUUUUGUCAUGUAAAUAGGACUAUAUAUAAUUUAGCUUCCUAGUAAGUAUAUAUAUUUAUUUACAUAUGAAUAAAUCUAAUUAGGUAACAUAAAAUGGCCAGUAGUACUUCUAGUGAUAGUCCAACGGAGCAAGAAUGUAUAUACGAGACAUGGAUGAUUUUGCAACGUAAAGAAGUGAUAGAGCUUGAACAAGCUGCACUUCAAGCCAAAAACGGCCUAAAAAAUGAAAAUGAACUCACUCAACUAAUUGAAAAAACCGUACAAAAUUUUCAAGAUUAUGCUAACAACCGUAGCCGUCUAGCCCGUAUGAACGUAUCACCACUCUUCGCGCCAACUUCAUGCACCUCGUUGGAGAAUUCAAUCCUAUGGAUCGCUGGCUGUAGACCAUCUUCUCUCAUACGUUUCGCGUACGCGCUAUGUGGUAUGGAAAUCGAGUCUCAUCUCACUGAGUUUUUACAAGGGAAAAAGGUCGGUGUCCUCAGUGAGCUGACGAAUAAACAAAUGAACAUGAUUGACGCUUUACAAGCUAAGACGAUUAGAGAAGAGACUAACCUUUCUUCAAAAUUGGCUAGCUUGCAAGAGGACGUUGUGGAUCAGCCUUUCGCUGGUAAAAUGAAGAAUGAUUGUGAGAAUGCAGAUGAUGUUUUAGAUGAACAUAGCCGAUAUAUGGCUGAUGUAUUAAGAGACGCUGAUGAGUUGAGGAUGAAAACAUUGAAGGAAAUUGUACUGAACAUACUUAAACCGCUUCAAGCUGUGGAAUACUUAGCCGGUGCCAAGAGGCUUAAGCAUUGUUUCAAAAUAUGGGGCCAGAAGAGGGAUCAUCGACGUACCAACAAAUAAGACUCCGUCAAUUAGAGUUCGUAGUUAAGUUUUCUUUAAUUUCUGCAAGACGUGUGUGAUCAUUAAUAAAGUUGUUGAAUAUUAAUUUGUAGUACAAAUUAUAUAUCUGUGAUCGUUAGAGUAGUUGAGUUUUCUGCAAAUUAUAUAUGUGUGAUCGUUAAAGUAGUUUUUCUUUAUUCAAAAUACUUUGUCUUGAUAAGAUUAAUAAUCCUUCUAUGGAUG